AUGUAUACUCAGCUCCCCUUUGACGAGCUUAAGGUUGACCCCAACCAAAAGAAAAGAAUAGCUUAUUUUUAUGAUGCAGAUAUAGGGAACUAUGCCUAUGGAGCAGGACAUCCAAUGAAGCCCCAUCGUAUAAGAAUGGCGCACUCGCUUAUAAUGAACUAUGGACUUUACAAAAAGAUGGAGAUUUACCGGGCAAAACCAGCUACUAAGCAAGAGAUGUGUCAGUUCCACACGGAUGAGUAUAUCGACUUCAUAAGUCGAGUAUCGCCUGAUAAUUUGGAUAUGUUUAGUAAAGAAAGUGUCAAGUUUAACGUUGGUGAUGACUGUCCUGUAUUUGAUGGAUUGUUUGAGUACUGUGGGAUUAGUGGUGGUGGGUCGAUGGAAGGUGCAGCAAGAUUGAACCGAGGCAAAUGUGAUAUUGCCAUUAAUUAUGCUGGUGGAUUGCAUCAUGCAAAGAAAUCAGAAGCAUCAGGGUUUUGCUAUUUGAAUGAUAUCGUGUUGGGUAUUAUUGAGUUGUUAAGAUAUCAUCCUAGAGUGUUGUAUAUCGACAUUGAUGUUCAUCAUGGUGAUGGUGUUGAAGAGGCCUUUUACACCACUGAUAGAGUCAUGACCUGUUCCUUCCACAAGUAUGGUGAGUUUUUCCCCGGAACUGGUGAAUUGAGAGAUAUCGGUGUUGGCAAGGGGAAAUACCAUAGUGUUAAUGUUCCCUUGAGAGACGGUAUUGAUGAUGCCACGUACAAGUCCAUUUUUGAGCCCGUAAUUAGCAAGAUUGUUGAAUGGUACCAACCAUCAGCUAUUGUGCUACAAUGUGGUGGUGAUUCUUUAAGUGGUGAUAGAUUGGGGUGCUUCAAUUUGUCAAUGGAAGGACAUGCCAACUGUAUCAAUUUUGUCAAGUCACUUAAUAUUCCAUUGAUGGUGGUGGGUGGUGGUGGAUACACCAUGAGAAAUGUGGCUAGAACCUGGGCUUAUGAAUCGGGGUUAUUGAAUAAUGUCAAAUUACCAGCAGAGUUGCCAUACAAUGAGUAUUAUGAGUACUAUGCACCAAACUAUACGUUGGAAGUACGCCCGUCAAACAUGUAUAAUCAGAAUUCGCCCGAAUUUUUAGACAAAAUCAUGACGAGCAUUGUUGCCAAUUUGGAAAACACCAAACAUGCACCAUCAGUACAAAUGAAUGACGUACCUAACGAUCCAGAAGACUUGGGAGACGUUGAAGAAGAUAAUGCCGAGGCCAUUGACACCAAAGGUGGAUCAGAGAUGAGUCGAGAUGCUCAAAUACAGCCGGAAAAUGAUUUUUAUGAUGAAGAUGAUAAAGAUGUUGGAGAAAAGAAUAUAGAGGAGAAUGGUCAUGCCAAGGAGAGUAAUGGUAAAGAUAUUAAAGACAAAGUUGAUGAACAGGAGGACAUAAAGAUGGAUGAUGGUGAUGACUCGCAAAACAAUACCAUUGAAGAAGACAAGACAAAGGACGAGACGGCAGAUGUUUCGAUGUUGACAGAGGAAGAGUUGAAGGAGAUUGAGCAGAUGAAUGAAGCUGCAUUGAAAAAUGAGUAA